AUGGUCACCAACUUCCAGUCGCACUACAUCCCCAACACCCUCGCCGAACAGGACGAGCUGCUGGCCGCAGUCGGCCUCAGCAGCGUCGAUGAGCUGUUCUCGGACAUACCCGAUGAUUACAGAAACCCUCCGCUGCGACUCCCUGACCCCAUGUCGGAGUUGGAGAUUCAGCGGGAACUCGGAGAGAUCGCCGGGCGAAAUCGCUCGUUGGUCAGUGGACCGUCAUUCCUGGGCGCGGGCAGCUACUACCACUUCAUUCCUGCUAUCGUGAAGGCGGUCAUGACCCGUGGCGAAUUUCUGACGGCGUACACGCCCUACCAGCCUGAGGUGUCCCAGGGCACCUUGCAGGUCAUCUUCGAGUUCCAAACCAUGAUCAGUUCCCUCUACGGCAUGGAAGUCGCCAACGCCGGCAUGUACGACGGCGCCACCAGUCUCGCCGAGGCGGUUCUGAUGGCCUGCCGGGUGACGCGCCGGCAGCAGGUCGUCGUCAGCGACACGGUCGCGCCGGCCUACCGCCAGGUGAUUGCCACCUACUGCCAGGCCCAGGGGAUUGCCAUCGACAUCGUCGCAACCGCCGAUGUCGGCGCGAGCGUAACGGAAGCAACCGCCGGCGUGGUGGCGCAAUACCCAAUUUCUACGGCGGGCUGGACGACCUUGCCGGCCUCGCUGCCACUGCCCACGAUGACGGAGCCUUGCUGGUGGUAUCGGCCGACCCGUUGGCAAUGGGAAUGCUCAGGCCCCCGGGAGAAUUCGGCGCGGACAUCGUGA